UUUCUAUCUGCCCUUUCAUUGGACAUUACUGAAAACGUGGUUGAGCAUCGUUGCGCCGCAACUAGGACUGAUCUGUACCUUACUCGGCGAACUACUAGAAGUACACUGGCUUACUCGGGGUCAAUUCAGCCGGACAUCCGCCCGCCUGCUUUUGAACAACCACCCCGGUCGCUUCCACUAGGACGAACUCCCGUCGCAGAAGCUGAACAUACCCCCCCUCCCUCUCCCUUCUCUUAAAUCUAUCUCUUUCCUACAAACUAAAACUUCACCUACCCUCUUCUCUUUCUCUCUCCUAGAUCCCGACGAGCACAGUCAAGAUGCCUCUCGGAAUCCACAAUCCCUUGCCGUCGUCUCUGGGAAGCGAAUGCAAGAAGGUUGGAAAAAUCCUUGCGUCCUUCAUCGACCCGCGACAAUCGUUUGGCCCCGACAAAGUGAUUCCGCCUGAGAUCCUGGCAGGCGCCAAGGGACUGGCUAUUCUCACUGUCUUGAAAGCGGGAUUCCUCGGCUCUGCUCGAUUUGGCUCUGGUGUGGUCGUCGCCCGUCUGGCCGAUGGUUCUUGGUCUGCCCCGUCGGCCAUUGCAACUGCCGGUGCCGGGUUUGGAGGGCAGAUUGGAUUUGAGUUGACCGACUUCGUCUUUAUCCUCAACGAUGCCGCCGCGGUUCGGACCUUUUCGCAAGUGGGAACUCUGACGCUGGGAGGCAAUGUUUCGAUCGCCGCAGGACCGGUAGGGCGCAAUGCGGAAGCGGCCGGUGCCGCGAAUACGCGCGGUGUCGCCGCGGUGUUUUCCUAUUCGAAGACCAAGGGACUCUUCGCCGGUAUCAGUUUGGAAGGCAGCAUGCUCGUGGAGCGAAAGGAUGCCAACGAGAAAAUGUACAAUAGCCGAGUCUCUGCGCGCCAGCUGCUCAGUGGAACUAUCCGACCUCCCCCAAGUACCGACGCCCUGAUGCGUGUUUUGAACUCUCGUGCAUUCUUUGGCAAUGGACGGGGCCAUGGGGAUGCCAUGUACAACGACAUCCCGAUCUAUGAUGAUCGCCAUGACGACGUGGUGUGGGAGGGACGUCGGGGCGAUGCGUACGGUGAGGGUGUUCGGCGCGACCGGGGCGGCUUGAGUAGCAGCGACGAUCAAAGUCUUGACGGACCCCGUCGCGCGAACACCUGGGCCGACGAUGUCUAUGAUCGACCGGCAGGCGGCGCUGGGCUGGGUCGCUCUGCCACGGCCCGUUACAAUCGCGACACUUUCGACACGGCCAGCCGUAGUCGAAGCAACACCACCCCAUACGAGGACGACUAUGUAUAUUCGGAUCGCAAGCCCACUCGACCUACCGCCCCCAAGCCAGUCUUUGGAAAUCGAACAGGGGGUGGUGCGGCCUUGCGACAGGACCAGGCGAUUGCGCUGUACACCUUUGAUGCCGACCAGGAUGGGGACUUGGGUUUCAAGAAGGGAGAGGUCAUCACCAUUCUCAAGCGCACCGAGAAGACUGAGGAUUGGUGGACGGGACGGAUUGGUGACCGGGUCGGUAUCUUUCCUAGUAACUACGUUGAUGCGGCUUGAAUCACUUAGCCGCUAUCGACCGGGAGUCGUUUAUGCGGAAUGACAUUUGAUGAUCUCAGAAACUCUCACCACCCGCGUCCUUGUUGAUGU